CUGUUAUAUGCGAGAAACUAGCAAGUCUAUCUCAAUUGAUAAGUUUGAGUGCUCGGAACCGGCUGUUUUUGAAUUUCAGAUUAUUAAAAUUUAAAACUAAAGUAUUUUAUUGUCGCAGAGAAACCAAUUAAGAAAAAAGCAUUAUGAAACAGAUUGCAGUUAUUGGAGGCACCGGUAUGACUGGGCAAUGUGUAGUCGAUCAUGCCUUGCAGAAAGGUUUAAGUGUGCGUUUACUUUACCGUACUGAAAAGACAGUACCAGAACGUUUUAAGGGCAAAGUCGAGCUGGUGCAGGGUAAUGUAUGCAAUUUGGACGAUUGCAAACGUGUAAUCAAUGGUGUAGACGGUGUUUGUGUUAUACUUGGUACACGCAAUAAAUUGGAUGCCACAACGGAACUGUCUGAAGGUACAGCCAAUAUCAUUGCAGCUAUGAAAGCAAACAAUGUACGUCGCUUUUCCAUUGUUAUGUCAACAUUCCUUUUACGUCCUAUUAGCGAGGUUCCAGCAGUUUUUCAUAAAUUGAAUGAGGAACAUCAACGCAUGUUGGAUCUAACAAAAGCAUCGGAAUUGGAAUAUGUUGCUGUAAUGCCACCGCAUAUAGCAGAUGAACCAUCAAGUGAAUACAAUAUAACAUUCGAAGAACCAGCCGGACGCAUGAUUUCCAAAUAUGAUUUGGGAAAAUUUAUUGUCGAUAGUUUGGAGCAAGAAGAAUACAUUGGUAAAGUUUGUGCCAUUGCUAAAAAAAUGAAUAAAGCAUAAUAGUUUAAUAUUGUUAUUAAAAUUUUAAUUUUGCUAAAACGCACACACAAAAAAUUUAAAUAUGAAUAUUUAAGAAUCUUAAAUUUAUUCACUAAGUGAUUUAGAAUGUGUGUGUGUGGGAUUUAUUAACAAGUAUUUGCACUUGUUUGUGUAGUUAGUAACUAAGUUCAAUACAUAUGAAUAUGUAAGCCAAUUAAUUAUUAUCACCUUUAAACGUCUGUUUUGCAUAACUAUUUUAAGCAAGAUAUCAAUUUAAAUUCCUAAUAAUUUUAUAGUUUACCUUAAUU